AUGGCAACCACUACCACUACCAAUCCAGACCAACACUACAACAGACUCGAAGAAGCGAAGAAGUUAGAUGAAUCCAAAACAGGAGUGAAAGGCCUCGUUGAUUCUGGCCUCACCACCAUCCCUCGCAUCUUCCACCAUCCACCCCAAAACUCGCCAAAUCCAAAACCCUUAACUCGAAACCCCAAACUAUCACUACCCAUUAUCGACCUCUCUAGCACCCGAUCAAUAGUGGUUGACCAGAUCCGUCACGCCGCCUCAACCAUUGGGUUCUUCCAAAUAACCCACCAUGGCAUACCAAAAACUGCCAUGGACCAUAUGCUUUCAUCUAUCAAGUCUUUCCAUGAAUUACCAGAUACUACUAGGAUGCAAUAUUAUAGUAGGGACACCUCUCAUGGUGUAGCCUACUAUACUAACUUUGAUUUGUACAAGUGCAAGGAAGCUAAUUGGAGGGACUCACUCGAGAUUCGCUUAGGUCCCACACCUCCAGAACCAAAGUACGUUCCGGAGGUAUGCAAGGAAGCACUAGCAGAGUGGGACGGAGAGGUGGUGAAGUUGGGGGAGGAGUUGAUGGGGAUGUUGUGUGAGGGAUUGGGGGUGGAGAGAGAACGGUUGAAGGAAAUGUCAUUUUUUGAUACGAGGUAUAUGUCUGGACAUUACUAUCCGUAUUGUCCCCAGCCGGAGUUGACGGUGGGUCUCAAGUGGCAUACGGAUCCGGUGGUCUUGACGGUGUUGUUGCUGAAUGAGGUUGCUGGGUUGCAAGUGAAACACGGUGAGGAUUGGAUUGAUGUGGAACCUAUCCCUGGUGGUCUGAUUGUCAACAUUGGUGAUAUACUUCAGAUGAUGUCCAACGGUGAAUACAAAAGUGUGGAGCAUCGAGUGUUGGCCAACCCUUACCGUGAGGCACGUGUCUCAAUCCCAGUUUUCUUCACUUCAAGCAUGACAGAGAAACCGUUUGAACCAUUACUAGAAUUGGUGUCACUAGAGAAGCCGGCUGUUUACGAAAAAUUCACACUCUCAGACUUCAUGAGAAAAUACUAUUCUGAAGAAUUACGUGGCAAGUCUGUGACGAAUACCUACAAAGUCUCCAACAUAUAA